AUGUUGGCAAUUUUCCAGGCAGCUAACCUGGUGGCCGCCUUCGAACAGAGCCUGGUAAACAUGACGUCCCGUCUGCGGCACCUCGCAGAGACUGCGGAGGAAAAGGACACAGAGCUGCUGGAUUUGCGAGAAACUAUAGAUUUCCUGAAGAAAAAGAACUCUGAGGCUCAGGCUGUCAUCCAAGGAGCUCUUAAUGGCACAGACGUCACACCCAAGGACCUUCGUAUCAAGAGACAAAACUCUUCAGACAGUAUUUCCAGUCUCAAUAGCAUCACCAGCCACUCCAGCAUAGGCAGCAGCAAGGAUGCUGAUGCUAAGAAGAAGAAGAAAAAGAGCUGGGUCUAUGAGCUGCGUAGCUCCUUCAACAAAGCCUUUAGCAUCAAGAAGGGCCCCAAGUCAGCCUCCUCUUACUCUGACAUCGAGGAGAUUGCCACACCUGACUCCUCAGCCCCAUCUUCACCCAAACUUCAGCAUGGAUCCACUGAGACUGCCUCACCGUCCAUCAAGUCCUCCAACUCCUCCUCUGUGGGCAUUGACGUCACUGAGUAAGUGUCUCCCCUCAGCCCAGGACCCCCAAAUAGGAUGUUCCAUGCCAACGAGGAAGAGGAGGAACCAGAGAAGAAAGAGGUCUCCGAGCUUCGCUCAGAGCUAUGGGAGAAAGAGAUGAAGCUCACAGAUAUCCGACUGGAAGCUCUCAACUCUGCCCACCAACUGGACCAGCUCCGGGAGACCAUGCAUAACAUGCAGCUGGAGGUGGACCUCCUAAAGGCAGAGAAUGACCGUCUGAAGGUGGCCCCAGGUCCCUCAUCUGGUUCAACACCGGGGCAGGCCCCCGGUUCAUCUGCUGCCUCAUCCCCACGCCGUUCCCUGGGUCUUGCCCUAGCCCAUUCCUUCAGUCCUAGCCUCACAGACACAGACCUGUCACCCAUGGAUGGCAUCAGCACCUGUAGCUCAAAGGAAGAAGUAACCCUACGAGUAGUAGUCCGAAUGCCACCUCAGCACAUCAUCAAAGGGGAUUUGAAACAGCAGGAAUUCUUCCUGGGUUCGAGUAAGGUCAGCGGUAAAAUCGACUGGAAGAUGCUGGAUGAGGCCGUUUGCCAAGUGUUUAAGGACUACAUUACAAAGAUGGACCCAGCUUCCACACUGGGCUUGAGUACUGAGUCAGUCUAUGGCUACAGCAUCAGCCAUGUGAAGCGGGUGCUAGAUUCGGAGCCCCCAGAGCUGCCACCGUGUCGCCGGGGUGUCAAUAGCAUCGCCGUCUCGCUCAAAGGUCUAAAGGAGAAGUGUGUUGACAGCCUAGUGUUUGAAACACUGAUCCCCAAGCCCAUGAUGCAACACUACAUAAGCCUCCUUCUCAAGCACCGACGUCUCAUUCUCUCGGGCCCCAGUGGCACAGGCAAGACCUACCUGACCAACCGGUUGGCUGAGUACCUGGUGGAACGCUCAGGCCGAGAGGUCACAGAAGGCAUUGUUAGCACCUUCAACAUGCACCAGCAGUCUUGCAAGGACCUGCAAUUAUACCUCUCCAACCUGGCUAACCAGAUUGACCGGGAGACAGGCAUCGGGGAUGUGCCCCUGGUGAUUCUACUGGAUGAUCUGAGUGAGGCGGGAUCCCUCAGUGAACUAGUCAAUGGAGCUCUUACCUGCAAAUACCACAAAUGCCCCUAUAUCAUAGGUACCACCAAUCAGCCUGUGAAGAUGACCCCUAACCAUGGCCUGCACUUGAGCUUCAGGAUGCUGACAUUUUCCAACAACGUGGAGCCAGCCAAUGGUUUCCUAGUGCGUUACCUGAGAAGGAAGCUGGUCGAGUCAGACAGUGAUAUCAAUGCCAACAAGGAAGAGCUUCUUCGGGUGCUGGACUGGGUGCCCAAGCUGUGGUACCAUCUCCAUACUUUCCUAGAGAAGCACAGCACUUCAGACUUCCUCAUAGGCCCAUGUUUUUUCUUAUCUUGUCCAAUUGGCAUUGAGGACUUCCGCACUUGGUUCAUUGACCUUUGGAACAACUCCAUCAUUCCUUACCUGCAAGAAGGGGCCAAAGAUGGGAUCAAGGUUCAUGGACAGAAAGCAGCUUGGGAAGAUCCAGUAGAGUGGGUCCGAGACACCUUGCCUUGGCCCUCAGCCCAACAGGACCAAUCAAAGCUGUAUCACCUGCCUCCACCUAGUGUGGGCCCUCAUAGCACAGCCUCACCCCAGGAGGAGAGAACUGUCAAGGACAGCACCCCCAGUUCUCUAGACUCAGACCCUCUGAUGGCCAUGCUGCUGAAACUCCAAGAAGCUGCCAACUACAUCGAGUCUCCAGACAGAGAAACCAUCCUGGACCCGAACCUGCAGGCCUCCCUUUGAAGACCUAGCCACCAUUGUUGGCCCAGAGAGCAGAGUGAGCCGGCCUCAGCUAUGUCAGCCCUUCCUUCUCUUCUUUCAGAGAACCCAUCUACAGCCCAGAAAAGGGAACUAGAGAGAGUUGGUGGGAGGGGAGGGGCAGGUUUUCUGGUGCUGCACCUUUGAG